GUGUUUAUCAUUUAACGGGGGGAGGAGCCACGGGGAGGAGCCACGGGGAGGAGCCAGUGUAGAGACCACGUCCAAAGCAUCUCCAGACGCCACGCCCUCAUCUCCGAACACAUACACACGCACAGACACGCCUCUUUCUGUUCAUUAUCGUCCUAACCUGACACAACACACAGACACGCCUCCUUCUGUUCAUUAUCGUCCUAACCUGAUACAGAAGCCCCUGAGUAGUUGGUGGCCCUGUUGUGUGAGGAGGAUGAGGGUAGGUCCUGAUGGUGUGUUGCUACUGCUGGUGGUGGUCACUCAGUCCUCCUCCGUCGUCAUGUUCUCUGACCUACAACAAGAGACUCCUCCUGACCACAUCCCUGAUAACACAACCCUCUCUAUCUAUCAUAACCUUGACCACAUCCCUGAUAAUACAACCCUACCCAUCUACCACAACCUUGACCACAUCCCUGAUAAUACAACCCUCCCCAUCUACCACAACCUUCAUCCAGAGGUCCUCCCCACUCCUCCCCACAACAAAUUCAUCUCUUCCCUCACCUAUCAUAACCCUAAACAGGAUUUUCCCCACAAGUCUAACCACAACAAUAACCAUCCAUCCUCCACCACACAUGAACACACAGAGAAACUUAACACACAGGAACUUACAGAAAUGAAAAUCUCCUCAAUAAAUCUUCACAAUUACACCACAGACAUCUUCACUACUAGGAGAGACACAACAUCACUCUCUUGGUUGUUAGUAACUGUGGUGGAGCGUGAGAUGAAGGAAUGUGAUAUGGUGGUCGUGUAUGAUGCUGCUUAUGGCCAAACAGGUGUGCUGGAUGAAUUACUGUUGCUACCAAAUAUACGACAGGUGGUAGAGGUAGAGAGUGUAGCGGACCUUCUGGGUGUAGUAUGGGUGUCAGCAGGGUGUCGUGGGUACUUAAUGCUACUACACCAACCUGAGCUUCUGUUAGUGUAUGUCGAUCAGGGUGAGGAACAUUGGCACUACCACGGCAGGUACUUCUUCGUGGGACUGUCUCUUGAUCAGCUGAUGGCCCUGACCGUGUCUAAGAAGGGCAGGAAGACUGAACAUAUAACAGGUGCUGUGAAGGCAGGCACGGAAGGACAGGAAUGGAAGUUAUACAUGAACCAACUAUUCUGGGGUGAUGGUUUGAUUCACGUAACUACUUGGCGAGGACACAGGUUCUCAUCCCAGCAAGUCAGCCUCUACCCCGACAAACUAACAGAUCUCAGAGGUGCUGUGCUAAAGGUGGUUACGUUCGUGUGGGAGCCCAGCAUCUUCUACUACAGGGCGGAGGACGGGACGGUCUUGUUCAGAUACGGGACGGACAUAAUGGUCACUGAGGCCCUGGGUCAAGCUCUUAACUUUACCAUCCAGUAUGAGGAGCCUCCCAACGGGGAGAUGUGGGGAAUAACCACAGAAAACGGAACCUUGACUGGAUUACGGGGGAAACUAUACAGAGAUGAGGCGGACAUAGGCAUCGCUAAUCUGUACAUGACACUAAACCAGAGAGUCGGUACUGAAUUCUCGGCUCCUUACGACACUGAGUCCAACUGUUUCCUGGUCCGCGCUGAGCCCCCACUCCCGCCGUGGCAGGCCCUCGCCUUCCCCUUCCAUCCCUGGACCUGGCUGGCCGUCCUCGUGUGUCUGUUGCUCUCUGGUCCUGUGCUGCUGCUGGUGGCUCGUGGCAGCGCUAAGAGUGGCGAGGAGGUCCCCAGCCUGCAGACUUUAAGUGACUGCUACACCAACACCUUCGGUAUGCACCUGAGGGUCACAGCCGUGCAUCUACCACACAGGGCCAGCACGCGGGUACUGGUGAGCUUCCUGUGGGUGUACACCAUCAUCCUCACCAUCGCCUAUUGCACCAACCUGACGGCCUAUAUGUUGGUGAGCAAACAGCCUCGCACCAUCAACACUAUCAAGGAGCUUCACGACUCUGGCCUCAAAGUGUUUGGUUUAGGUGACCUGUUCAAGCGGGAACUGUCCGCCGCUAGUGACCCCUACCUGCAGGGUCUCUCUAAGACAUUCCAGGUUCACUCUUCACCGCUGGAGAUCUUCCCUAAUGUACUGGCAGGUCGAGGGGCGCUGCUGGAGAACGAGGGACACCUGCUCUUCUCCGCCACCACUCGCUUCACCUCCAGGGGCACCUCUCGAGUCAGGAUCAUGAAGGAAUGUUUCGCGCCGUAUAACAUCGCUCUGGGUCUACAGUCCAACUCAGCCAUCAAGAGGAGGCUGGACCACGUCAUAGGCUGGCUACAACAAGCUGGACUCGUCAGGCGGUUCUUCAGUGAUGGACUCAGACUUGCUGCUUCUACUGAGGAGUACGGAGGAGGCGCUGAAGAAGGGGAAGAGGUGACGGGGCCGAGGGGCGUGAUUCCUCUCAGUUUGGACCACCUUCAGGGCAUCUUUCUGGUCAUUAUAGGCGGCUGGCUCUGCUCAGGUCUGGUCUUCAUCCUCGAAAAAUGUCUCCUCCCCUACAGAAAGUAACAAUGGUCGAGAAAAGAAGAUAAAAAUAUUACCAUUUAAUUCCCAGAUGAUUCUUCUUCAAUACCCUCAUGUACGUAACUGUCUGUACGUGGCUGAUCUACACUAGUCCGUUAACCAGCUACAUUGUACGUGAUAGGUUGAACGUAACUAGUCUACAACAGUCAUUUAACCAAUAUAUAUAACAUUUAAUCACUCUAUCUAACAUUUCUUAUUAGUUAUUGUAUUUUUUGAUCAAUUUUCCUUCGAGUUUUGAGGGUAAAGUUUUUC